AUGGUAGACGUGAAUAAUAUUACCAGAACUUGUAAAUCAAAUCCAGCCGCAACCAAUCAUUCGUCAAAAUGUUUGGGACCUGAAUGUACUCUACCUCCAGUGUGUUCGAUUCGGGCAGAUAAUUCCUUGAACUCCAACAUCAAACCUCAAACCAUUGGCCCUGUGCGUGAUCUGCGUUCUAGUACAAGCCUGGAUAAAACUGUCCUACUGAGUUGGCGGCCUCCGAUAGAGGGACAUGAAUGUAUCAAAGAAUACCUCAUCACAUGGGGAUCUGAAAGUGAAACGAUUCCUGCACCGAGCACGUUUUACUAUGUGACUGAUCUGGAACCUUGUAUGCGCUACAAUUUCACCGUGAACACGAUCGACCAAAGCAAUGACAAAGGCACACCGGCAACCAUCGAGGACACUGUUCGUGAAGAGAAUCAACUUUCCGAGGUGACGGAAUUGGAGCUGAACGAGGUUGAACCACGCUCCUUGACCGUCAAGUGGAAAGCUCCCGUCAAUGGAACAUACUGUGUGGGAUCAUACCGAUUGGCAGCGUGGUACAAUGAUCCUCAAACUGGCGAACCGAUUACUGUCUUCUCGAACACCACCGACGAUCAGCAUGUCACCUUUGGCGAGGUGAUAGCUUGCAUGACCUACACGGUACAAGUGAUACCGAUAUCCUUCAGCAACAAGGAUGGCAGGAAUGAUAUUGGCACGCUGAAAACGAAGGAACGAACGAUUCUUUCUUAUCAUAUAGAACCGAUCCGCGCGUUGUCCAUCAAGGCUCGCAGUUUGCAACUUUCCACCCAACUGCUCGGCGAGAAUAAUAACAACUGUUUACUGGUCAGCGUGCGUUUUAGCUGCAGCAAGGAUGGUGAAAUUGAUCCAGAGUCUCAGAUUGUGAGAGAGUUCGUUAUUAGCGGUAAUGAGAGCUUCGAAGGUAUCGUUGAACCGUUGGUGCCCUUUACGUCGUACGAAUGCACUGCCCAAAUCCAGAAUAUUGCCGGUUGGUCUGAUGCAACCCCUGCUUAUGUGUUUCAUACGGCGGAAGAUGUUCCCGAAAGCCCCAGAUCUCUGAAGCUCGUUGGUGAUCGUGAUUCGAUCGCAGUCGCAUGGAAAGCACCCACCGUGAAGAAUGGAGUCGUUGUAAGAUACAGAAUUCAUGUGCGUAUGGUCGAGCAAAAGUAUCCCAUUCCGAAGAUCUGCGAUUCGUUUGAGGAGUACAACGAAACCGUUGACUUGCGCGAUGAAGUUGAGCCGGAGGAGUCGCGCAGUUGGGACGGAGAUCAGUUUGAGUACACGAUCACCAGAUUGAGUCCGUUCACGCUGUACACCGUACAGGUUGCUGCAGCGACUGGGGCAGGCGUUGGUUCGUACACCGAGCCGCAAGAUGUGGUCACCCUUCCCAGCGUACCGGAAGCCGUGCAGAAUUUUGCCAUAGCGGAAAUAGAGGGCCCAGAGCUAAACCAGACGAACCGAUCGGCGGUAAAACUUUCCUGGCAACUUCCAUGUCGGUUGCAUGGGAAUCUGACAGGUUUCGUUGGCCGAUUGUAUGGUACGCGGGAAGAGGAUGGAUCUCCGCCACAUGAACUGACGUGGAAUGUUGGGGUUCAAGCGAAUGAGAUUAAUGACACGUACUUUUACGUCGAGGAUCGACUCAAGCCCGAAUACAUUUAUACGGUUUCGAUAAGCGUAGAAGUGGCCGAUGUGGCUGAACAGAGUCCAGAAACAACUAUCUCCUUUCAAUCUCCGGCCGGAAUUACGGUAGCCGUAGUCCUACUUGCCGUUUGGCUCAAACCGUAUUGUUCCAAGCAGUGGUGCAGGGAAAACAAUGCCCUCCAAAAAAAGGAAACCAGCGGUAUUUCUGUGAAAAAAUUCCGUGGUCAGUAUGCACAGAUUUACGAGUCCAACCAACAAGGUAAGAUAAAGGACGAGUAUGAGUCAAUCGUCCAAUACCAGGACCACAACUUCAAUGCGACCGCCAGGAGCGGUAUUGCUAACGAUUCAAAAAACCGAUACGACGAUAUAUUACCGUUCGAUUUCAACCGAGUGCAGCUUGAAACCGAAGAAUCUGACGAAGGCAUUCCUAGAGACUACAUUAACGCGUCCUUCAUUGAUGGUUAUACGAAUCGGCGUGAGUACAUCGCCACGCAGGGUCCGUUCGAGGAGACGUGUUAUGAUUUCUGGAGGAUGGUGUUCCAGUACGACGUUGAAUCGAUCGUCAUGCUUAUUCAACCGAGCGGUGAGGAUAAGAACAAGUGCUGUCAGUAUUAUCCGCUCCUCAAUCGAAACAUGGAAUAUGAAGACAUCGAAGUGAGAUGUACACAAGAGAUAAAUUUAUCCUUCUAUUGCAGGCGAAAGUUCACUGUAUACAAGGGAAAUGUAUCGAAGAUAGUGUCCCAGUACCAUUUCCUUGACUGGCUUACUCAGGGCUGUCCCACAAGCCCUUCGAAUCUGAUCGAUUUCAUCAAGAUCGUUCGAAGGGAACGAAAAAACAACGCCAUACCGCUAGUGGUGCAUUGCAGCGCCGGAGUGGGUCGUACCGGAACCUUCAUUGCAUUGGACAUCAUUCUGCAAAGGAUGGAAAAGGAGCAGCAAAUUUGUGUAUAUUCUACCGUAAAAGAACUGCGACGAAAGCGCGUCCAUAUGGUUCAAACGCUGGACCAGUACGCUUUUCUCUACCGAUGUUGUUUGGACUUUACUGCCAACAAAGACUUGAAAGGUUAG